CAAAAAGCUACAUGGCUUAGAUUUUUGUUGCUUUCUCAUCAAGAAUACCCUGCAAGUAAAUAGUCAACCAGGGAAUGUUAUCUCCAGGCUGAGCAUUAGGAAGAGAACAAGAAGGACACAAAAGAGGGACCAGAAGCCAAGAGGGAAUGGCAUCUCAGAUUACGAAUCUGGGAUUAAGGCGAAACUUGACCUGGAGGCGUAUGGAGACUCUUCAUUGAAACAGUCUAAUAUGUCACUUGCAAGUGGAGACAGUAGCUCCUCCUCACCUGAGGAGGAGCCAAGAGGUACGGAGCCUGUGAAGCCACUCAUCUCCCACAAAGCUUCCCAUAAUUCAUAUGUGGAACUCCAUGAGCUGGUCAUGGACAAGAACAAUGAGUUUCGCUGGAUGGAAGCUUCUCACUGGAUCAAACUGGAAGAGGACUUUGAGGAGAUGGGGCAUUGGGGGAGACCUCAUCUUUCAUACCUGACUUUUCAAAGCCUUCUGGAGGUGCGCAAGGCAUUUAACAAAGGAACUGUCCUUCUAGAUUUGCAAGAACGAAGUCUAGCUGGGAUUGCCAAUCAGGUGCUUUCCCAAAUGACCAAUGAAGGAAAACUCAAGCCUGAUGACCAAGAGGUGCUUUUAAGAACUCUUCUACUUCAGCACAGUCACCCUAAUGAAUCAACUUCAUUAAACACUCUCUUGCCUGCGCGGGUACAACAAACAGAUGCCAAAGACUCAACCCAACCACUGCUUCAAGAACAUCACCAAAUAGAGAUGAAGACCUUUUUUAAUGGCUCAGAGCAGGGAGAGUCAAGUCAUAGUGAUUUUAAGAAGCAGCUGUUAGAUAAGAUUCCUUCUGAUGCAGAAGCCACUCUGGGAUUGGUUGGCUGUGCCACCUUCCUGGACCGACCUACUCUGGCCUUUGUACGCUUGAAGGAAGCGGUGGAGCUGGACUCUGUCCUGGAGGUUCCUGUCCCUGUCAGGUUCCUUUUUGUGGUUCUGGGCCCUGAUUCCCCCCACAUUAGCUACCACGAAAUCGGGAGAGCCAUCUCAACUAUGAUGUCCGAGAGGGUAUUUCGCAAUGACUCCUAUUUGGCAGAAGGAAGACAGGACUUGAUAAAGAGUCUGGAUGAGUUCCUAGAUUGUUGCAUUGUCCUCCCACCCUCUGAGAUCCAAAAUGAAAGACUUCUCAAAAUGUUGCUGCCAGUGCAGAAGGAUUUCCUAAGGAAGAGGUACCUCCCAGUGGAGAAGAAACUGGAAGAGUCACUAAAAGACCUAGGGCACAAAUUGAAAGACCACGAAGUCAAAGCAGAAGAUUCUGAUGAUUCCUUGCGCCGAACUGGAAGGAUUUUUGGGGGGGUAGUGAAAGACAUAAAACGUCGGUACCCCAAGUAUCUCAGUGACAUCAAGGAUGCUCUGAACCCACAAUGCCUGGCUGCAGUCAUCUUCAUCUAUUUUGCUGCCCUUUCUCCUGCCAUUACUUUUGGAGGCCUGCUUGCUGAAAAGACAGAGCGCCUGAUAGGAGUCUCUGAGCUUCUACUCUCUACCGCAGUUCAGAGUGGACUCUUUUGCUUGCUGGGAGCUCAGCCUCUGCUUGUUGUGGGAUUCUCUGGCCCCCUUUUGGUCUUUGAAGAAGCUUUUUAUACAUUUUGUACGAAAAAUAACAUUGAAUACAUUGUGGGGAGAGUCUGGAUUGGCUUUUGGCUGAUACUGAUAGUGAUAGUGGUAGUGGCUUUUGAGGGCAGCUUCCUGGUGCGUUACAUCUCUCGCUAUACUCAGGAGAUCUUCUCAAUUCUCAUCUCCCUCAUCUUCAUCCUGGAAACCUUCUUCAAACUCAUCAAGAUUUUUAAAGAGCACCCUCUGAAAGAAGUGUAUACAAACAUCACCUUUUCCAGAGAUGAAGAACCAAGGGGUCCUGCACCAAAUACUGCUCUGCUUUCUCUGGUGCUGAUGGGAGGAACAUUUUUCAUUGCUUUCUUCUUGCGCAAGUUCAAGAAUAGCAGCUUUUUCCCUGGCAGGCUUCGUCGGGUAAUUGGUGACUUUGGUGUCCCUAUUGCCAUCUUUAUCAUGACAUUGGCAGACAAUCUUAUUAAAGAUACCUACACUCAGAAAUUGAAGGUUCCCAAAGGCCUUCAAGUCUCCAAUCCUGAAAAGCGGGGUUGGUUUAUCUAUCCAACUGGAAUUGCAUUCCCCAUCUGGAUGAUGUUUGCUGCAGCUUUGCCAGCUCUCCUGGUUUUCAUUCUCAUCUUCUUGGAGACACAGAUCACCACGCUGAUUGUAAGCAAACCUGAGAGGAAGAUGCUGAAGGGUUCAGGUUUCCAUCUCGAUCUCCUUCUUAUUGUUGGAAUGGGAGGUAUUGCACCACUUCUGGGCAUGCCCUGGCUGAGUGCCACCACCGUGAGGACUGUCACACAUGCUAAUGCUCUGACAGUUAUGUCCAAGACUACUCUGCCAGGAGAAAAGGCCUGCAUUCAGGAGGUCAAGGAACAGAGGGUUACUGGUUUCCUGGUGGCUAUUCUUGUGGGCCUGUCCAUACUCAUGGAACCUAUCUUGAAGCUGAUUCCACUUGCAGUACUCUUUGGCAUCUUUCUUUACAUGGGGGUGACAUCUCUCAAUGGAAUUCAGCUAUAUGACCGCAUACUUCUCAUGCUGAAGCCACCGAAAUACCAUCCAGAUAUAUCUUAUGUUACAAAAGUAAAGACCUGGCGUAUGCACAUCUUCACCCUCACCCAGAUUCUCUGCCUAGGAUUGCUGUGGGGAGUGAAAUCCAGCCCAGCCUCCCUUGCCUUGCCUUUUAUACUCAUUCUGACUGUCCCUCUUCGACGCUUCCUGCUCCCUGUCAUUUUCAGAGACAUUGAGCUCAAGUGUUUGGAUUCUGAUGAUGCUGAGGUGACUUUUGAUGAGACAGAAGGCCAAGAUGUCUAUGAUGAAGUCCAGAUGCCUAUUUGAGCACCCAGCUGCUGCUGCCACUAGGCAAAUGAAGAACCAAAAAUUCUUUCCAAAAACACUGGAUAUCAGAAUCUGGAGGAAGAUAUCCAUAUAGCUAUAUGAAUCAGAGUAUAUAUAUAUAUAUAUAUACAGUAUAUAUACUGUAUAUAUUAAUUGCACAUGGCCAAACAUUCCAGUGGUGUAAAUAUAUAUGAUUGUCAAUCCAUGGAUCUUAUAGGAUUUAAGAAACAUAUUUUUUUCCAGUCAAUUAUAGUUCUAUAGUGAAUCUUAACAUUUCUUUCUUAGGGUUUAGGAAAUAGAUGUAUUUUCCCAGAAGGGGAAGAAAGUACCAAGAUAUGCAAGGAUUGUUGAAGAGGUGAUACAUGUUAACAGUGGACUCCAUUUUUAAUGCAGCUAUAACCCAUAUGCUUCUCUUCUGUAUUUGUGUGUUUAUGUGUGUAUGUGUGAAGCUUUAUCGGCCAUAGAGGAAACCAUCUACUUUUCUACCAAGAUAAGAAACAUUUUUAUUACUCACAUUGCUAGACCAUAUACACCAAUGAAUAUCUGUAGACAUGUUUCAAAAGAAAUGCUGAAAACCCAUCAUUGUUCUCUGAUGGACCAUCAGAGCGGAUGCUUCAGAAUGCUAGAGUGGACUGAAGCUAAGGAGAAAAGGCAAUAAGCUCUUUCUUAACCCCUGGAACUGUAGAAUAGGAAAAAGCUGGAGCACGAAAGUGAGGCACAGAAGAAAGUGAGGCACCGAGAGUGCCAUAUUGGCAAUGGAAAGAAGCAACAAACAUAACCUCAGGAAUGGAAGUGGCAGAAACAUCAGGUUUCAAGGAUGUGAAAUGCUGACAGGUGAAUCCAAAUCCAUCUCUGCCUGUCAAGUGGGGAUGACACAUUUGAAAAAUUGGCUUUCUUGGAAUGCUAGUCAUCUUUUCCUUUGAAGAUGGAUUUCAUUUUUUGUGAACUCAUCCUACCACCUUUCCCGCUGAAAUGUGAAGUAUGGUAAUAUGAUGAAGGCAUCGUCCAAAAGUACAGUUCUGUCUUGGUUACUUUUGUUCCUUGCUUGUUCUUGUGGUUAGAUUUUUAACAAAUGCUAUUGUUUUUUCUUUAAGCUGGCAUCUAUCUAAGUCCCUACCUGGGAAAAUGUGCCACUUGAUAAAAAAUUAGUAUAUCCCAGAUUAUAAUAAUAAGACCUGUAAAUUUGAAAGUGUAGGCAUAAGUAACUACUCGAUGCACAUUAACACCCAGAGAUUCUUAGCUUCCAAUUAAAUAGCAAUUGCUAUCCUUAAGAAUAGAAAAAAAAUGUGUAAAUAGAAAAAAAAUGUGUGAAUCUCACCAAUCAGCCCUUCCUUCCACCCUCUUGCUUAUUAACCAUUCCAACGUAUUUAAGUAUUCUUGCAUCCAAGAAGCCAUUCUAAGCUGCAAACAGACUUAAUUUAGAGACUGUUAUUGCAAAAUAGGCUUUAAUUUUUGCACGCCUUGAUGUUUCACAUGUGUCAAUCUAAUAAUAUAUAUAUAUAUCAAUAUUGAACUUUCUUCCUCUCUCACUUCAAGUCUCUGUACUGGGUGUUGAGUCCUUUGAGUCCUCAUUAACUUUUACUUGCCCAAACACUUUUCAAAUGGUCUUUGGCAAUCCACUUUUUCCUUUUUAGUAAUGUCAAAUGUUGUCCACUAAAAGUUUGUCUUCUUAUGGUUUUUUCCACAUGAUUGUAGCAAUAGUGAUGAAUAUAGGAUCUAUAUUAAUGCAGGAUCUAUAUUAAUGCAGUAGGUUCCCCUUCUUCCUUAGAAUAUUUGAAAAUAUUUCUCAUGGUGGUAUGAAUUCAAUGCUGGUAACAGUCAUUUCAGCAAUAUUAUUAUUUGUUAUUUCCUAAAAAUAAUAAAGGUGCUAAGCUCAACAAUAUCUGGAGUCCUUGAACUUGUCAAUGCCCACCUUCUAAUCCCAGACAUGCAUAGACUACUAUAGUGCUGCGUUAUGAGUGAAAGCUUUCUGUGCAUGACGAAGAUGCUUUCUCUUUAUUAUUUUUCAUUAUCCAGAGUGAAUCAUGGUUCUAACCAUGCACUGCUUAACAUUAAUUUGAUUAGGAGAAGGUCUGGAGAAAAAAAACGGUAAUAUUUUCUCUUGCAAUGCAUAAACAAUUUAUGAAACUUAUUGCCCCAAAGUAUAAAGAUGGACAUUAGCUUAUGUGGCAUUAAAUAAAGGAUUUGGUAUACAGUAUAAAAAGUGACCACAUCCGUAUGUAUUAGUCAUGACAGCCAAAUGGAACUUCCUUCUUCAAAGAUAUUAUUGCAACACAAAUUAAUAAGAUGACCAUUGUUAUUGUGUCCUUCAUGUGAACUUCUCAGUUUGUAAGUGU